AAAGUUACUGGGGGAGAAGGAGAGAGUGAGUGAGAGCACAGGAUCCAUCCUCGUCGCCAUUACCGAGUGGAAUGAGAGGGGAGGGAGCGAGUCUCGGAUUACACGCAUACCACUAUUGUAGUUAAAUUGCAAGAUAAAAAAAAUACGUUUAAGUAUUUCAUAUAGACGAACCUUCUUCAUGGACAAGACAUGCCAAGGAUAAUAUUUUAAGGACGAAACCGUGGAAAUAAAAGAAGACACUUGGAAUGCUACCUCUUUUCCGUAGUAUCGGGAGCUGGGAGCGACCAUGUUAGGCAGGUGAUAAAGAGGGGGGAGAGUCGACUGCCCCACACACACACAUACACUCCCCACCCAGCCACACACCACAGGAGAGAGAGAGAGACGGAUAGCAGGAGGGAGGGAUCCGCUUAUUGGACGCCGAGCCAUGGAAACCGCACCUUAAAGCCGAGCAAAUGGAAGUGCAUCUUCUUUGCCCUGCAGGAGAUCUUUGCUGAGACUGUGAAGGCAAUGAGUGGGGGGAUCUAAUGGCCAAGAACAAGGAGCCGCGGCCCCCUACCUACGCCGUGAGCGUGGUGGGGCUCUCAGGGACGGAGAAGGAGAAGGGCAACUGCGGCGUGGGCAAGUCGUGCCUGUGCAACCGCUACGUGCGCCCCAGCGCGGACGACUACUACACAGAGCACACCUCAGUGUUGAGCACAAUUGACUUUGGCGGACGCGUGGUGAACAAUGACCACUUCCUGUACUGGGGGGAGGUGUUCCACCGGGGCGAUGACUGCCUGGAGUGUAAGCUCCACAUCAUUGAGCAGACGGAGUUCAUCGACGAUCAGACCUUCUUGCCGCACCGCAGCACAAACUUGCAGCCCUACACCAAGCGGGCGGCCUCCUCCAAACUGCAGUCGGCUGAGAAGCUGAUGUACAUUUGCACAGACCAGCUGGGCCUGGAGCAGGACUUUGACCAAAAGCAGAUGCCCGACGGCAAGCUGAACAUUGACGGCUUUGUGCUCUGCAUAGACGUUAGCAAGGGAUGCAAUAGGAAGUUUGACGACCAGAUGAAGUUUGUCAGUAGCCUUUACUCGCAGAUGGCCAAGACGAAAAAGCCCAUCAUCAUCGCCGCGACGAAAUGCGAUGAGUGUGUGGAGCAAUAUCUGCGGGACCUCCAGGCGUUCGCCGCCAACAAAAAGAACCUUAUGGUUGUGGAGACAGCCGCCCGGUCGUCCGUGAACGUCGAGCUGUGUUUUAACGCUCUGAUUCAGCAGAUGGACAAGACGCGGGGCAAACCCAAAAUCAUGCCAUAUUUGGAGGCCUACAAGAUCCAGAGGCAGUUGGUGGCCUCGGUGACAGACAGGUUUGAAAAGCUCAUAGUGUCCACCGUGCGGGAUUAUCACUCCACAUGGAAGGCCGUGAGCAACUCGCUGAAAAACCAGCCCGACUACGAGGAAUACAUUACCUUGGAAGGCUCCAGAAAGGCCCGGAACACAUUUUCCAAGCACAUCGAACAGCUCAAGCAGGAGCAUAUCAGGAGGCGGAGAGAGGAUUAUCUCUCCAGCCUGCCAAAAAUCCUUAAUAACUUGCUAAAUAACCUUGACGAAAUCGAGGGCCUGAGCUGGUCAGAGGCGCAGAGCCUCAUGAGAACGCGGCAAGAGUUUCAGUACUGGUUCGUGGUUCUAGAACACGGGCCCUGGGACGAGUCGGACCACAUAGACAAGACAGACAGGAGGGUGCCCUUUGACAUCCUCAGAACCAUGGAGGCGGAGAGGAUAUACCAAGGCCACGUGCAGCAUCUGAUCUCGGAGAGGAGGCGGGUGGAGAUGAAGGAGAGGUUCAAGCGGACGCUGGAGCGCGUGCACUUCAUCAGCCCCGGGCAGCCGUGGGACGAGGUCAUGUGUUUCGUCAUGGAGGACGAGGCCUACAAGUAUAUCAGCGAGUCCGAUCGCCGGGAUGUUUACAGCCGCCACCAGCAGGAAAUAGUUGAAAGGGCCAAAGAGGAGUUUCAGGAAAUGCUUUUCGAGCACGCAGAGCUGUUCUACGACCUGGAUUUAAACGCCACCCCAAGCUGUGACAAAAUGAGCGAGAUCCACACUGUACUGAACGAGGAGCCCAGAUACAGAGCCCUGCAAAAGCUCGCCCCGGAUAGGGAGUCGCUACUGCUGAAGCACAUUGGCUUUGUCUACCACCCCACCAAGGAGACCUGCUUGAGCGGCCAAGCCUGCGUGGACCUGAAAGUCGAGCAGGUCCUCGGCAACAGGCUGGUUCAGCUGGACCACGGCCGCUCCAACCUCUACUACAGUGCCAACUUCGAUAAGAUUAAUUUGUGUCUCGUGGGCCGGGACGGGCUGGCCCAAGAGCUGGCGAACGAAAUCAGAGCGCAGUCCACGGAUGACGAGUACACUUUGGAUGGAAAAAUCUAUGAGCUGGACUUGAUGCCCGUGGACGGCAACUCGCUGCUUUUGAGUCACCCGUGGGCGCCCAGCUUCAAGCCCCAUGGCUGCUUCUGCGUCUUCAGCUCCAUAGAGUCACUGAAUUUUAUCGGUGACUGUGUCAGCCGAAUCAGGGCGGAGAUCUCGCACAGCCGGAGGGACAGAUUAUCCCACCCGAUGCCAUUCAUUUUAAUCCUAGCGAACCAGAGAGACAGUGUUUGCAAAAAUAUGCCUAUCCUGAGGCACCAGGGCCAACAGCUUGCCAAUAAGCUCCAGUGCACCUUCAUAGACAUCCCCACCGGCACAUUUCCGCGGAAAUUCAACGAGUCGCAAAUCAAACAGGCUCUCCGCAGCGUCCUGGAUGGGCUGAAGCACAACUUUGAUGUGAGCCCCGUGCCCUGCAUCAAAGACCUAUCUGAGACGGACCUGCGCAUCGUCAUGUGUGCCAUGUGCGGCGACCCGUUCAGCGUGGACCUCAUCCUCUCGCCCUUCCUGGACUCGCACUCCUGCAGCGCCGGGCAGCCCGGCCAGAGCAACACCCUCAUCCUCGACAAAAUCAUCGGGGACACCCGCCGGCGGAUACAGGUCACCGUCCUCUCCUACCACUCCUCCAUCGGCAUCCGCAAGGACGAGCUGGUCCACGGCUACAUCCUGGUCUACUCGGCCAAGCGCAAGGCCUCCAUGGCCAUGCUGAGGGCCUUCCUGGCGGAGGUCCAGGACGUCAUCCCCGUGCAGAUGGUGGCCAUCACGGACAGCCAGGCCGACUUCUUCGAGAACGAGGCCAUCAAGGAGCUGAUGACGGAGGGCGAGCACAUCGCCACGGAGAUCACGGCCAAGUUCACGGCGCUCUACUCGCUGUCGCAGUACCACCGGCAGACGGAGGUCUUCACGCCGUUCUUCAACGAGGUGCUGGAGAAGAAGGGCGGCAUCGAGAGCUCCUUCAUGUUCGACUGCAGCAGCGGCAGCGGGCGCGACGGCAUGAUGGGCGCCAGCGAGGACAGCGUCUUCCCGCAGUCGCCCCACAGCCACUCGCCCGCCUACAACUACUACCCCGACUCGGACGAAGAUGCCGAGGCGCCCCCGCCCUACAGCCCCAUCGGCGACGACGUCCAGCUGCUGCCCAAGUGCCGGAUCGACCUGGAGGGCAACGAGUACCCCGUCCACAGCACGCCCACGGGCGAGCACGAGCGCAACCACAAAGUGCCUCCUCCCGUCAGACCCAAGCCGGUGCUGCCCAAGCCCAGCGUCAAGAAGCUGGACCCUAACCUGCUCAAGACCAUCGAGGCCGGCAUGCGGAAUACGCACCGGCGAGGCAUGCGCAGCGGCGGCGGGCCCAUGGGCCACGGCGACGACCUGGAGUCCUCCGACAACUACGCCGAGCCCGUGGACACGCUGCUCAAGUCCAAGGGCUUCAACGACGACAUCUACGCCGUGCCCGACGACAUGCACAGCCGCAUCGUCAAGAUGCGCAACUCCUUCGGUGGGCUGCACGUCCUCCACGGCGAGGAGGAGAACGGGUUCGACCGCCUGUCCAAGGCCCAGGCAGGCAGGAGGCCCUCCAAGUACAAACACCGCUCCAAGAUCCUCUUCAGCAAGACCAAGGCCUAUCAGCGGCGCGUGCACUCGGACAUCAGCGACGACGAGUCGGGCCCAGCUCACCGGAGGAAGAAGGCGGGCAGGGGGAACCGGGGCAGCGAGGAGGACCCCUUGCUCUCCCCCGCGGACCCCUGGAAGGGAGGGAUAGACAACCCGGCCAUCACCUCGGACCCCGAGCAGGACGACAAGAAGAUGAGGAAGAAGAAGGCACAGAAGGCCCCCAAGGAACCCAAAAAGAACAAAAAGCCGGCCAAGCCUCUAUAUCCACCGACACGGAGGAACUGGGAGAGCAACUACUUUGGCGUGCCCUUGCAGAGCCUGGUCAGCUGCGAUCGACCCAUCCCCCUCUUCAUUGAGAAAUGUGUGGACUACAUCGAGCGGACCGGGUUGACAACAGAGGGCCUGUAUCGAGUCAGUGGCAACAAGACAGACCAGGACAACAUCCAGAAGCAGUUUGACCAAGACCACGGCAUAGACCUGAUAGAGAUGGAUGUGGCUGUGAAUGCGGUGGCCGGAGCCCUGAAGGCCUUCUUCGCCGACCUACCCGACCCCCUCAUCCCCUACCACCUACACCCUGAGCUGGUGGAGGCAGCCAAAAUCGUGGACCACAUAGAGCGGAUGCAGGUGCUGAAGGAGAUCGUGAGGAAGUUCCCGGCAGUCAACUUUGACGUCUUCAAAUAUAUCAUCACUCACCUGAACCGGGUGAGCCAGCACAGCAAGACAACGCUGAUGACGGCCGACAACCUGUCCAUCUGCUUCUGGCCCACGCUGAUGCGGCCCGACUUUGAGAACAAGGACACGCUCUCCACCACCAAGCUCAACCAGUCGGUCAUCGAGUCCUUUAUCAUGCAGUGCCAGUACUUCUUCUACAACGGCGAGAUCGUGGAGACAUCCAGCAACGAGGGCACGCCGCCGCCACACGGCCACAGCCACAGCCACGGCCUGGGCCUCACCGAGUCCCUGCUGGCCCUGCAGCUGCCGCCGCCCCUCCAGCCCCAGCAGAUACAGCACCAGCAUCCACACCAGCACCAGCAUCAGCACCCGCAUCCGCAUCAGCACCCGCAUCAGCACCAGCACCAGCUGCAGCCGGACCCACUCAUGUAGGGAACCACUCAUGGGGCUGGUGGUGGUCGUGGUCAUGGGGCUUUGACACCCUCCCUCCCUCCCUCCCACCAUCCCCUAAACAGGACGUCAAGGACAGGACUAAACAGGACUUCAAAUCCCUCUCCAUACUCUUCAUAGUCAUGUUGUAGAGCACUCGUGGGUUGGUGAUUGGGGGUGGGGAGGUUAUGCUUUUACCCCCUCCAAUCCCCCUUCUCCAUACUCUCUAGUUAUGUAGUCCACUUGGUGGUGAUGGAUGUGUGGAUGGGCAGGCUGGAGGCUUGCACCUCUCUCUUCUUCCCCUAAACAGGACUUAAAAAUGAAUCCCUCUGUUCCGUACUCAUGUAGACCACUCAGUGAGGUAGGGGUGGGAUGGAUGGAUCCCCACCUCUCCAUGCUCGAAACAGGACCAUUCAGUCCCUCCAUCCCUUGUAGACCACUCGUGAGUGGAUGGGGGCUCUACCCCCCUCCCAAAACUAUGACUUAGCAACCCUCCUGUUGCCCAUCCAUACCCCCCAUACCCCCAACCCAGUAAACUAGAACUGUUAGUUGCUGUUAAAACAGUGGGGAAACAAAUAGAAGAAUAAAACCUGGAGGACUAUUGGCAAUCAGUCAUCAGCAAUCUUCAACACUGACACAGGACCUGCAGACGCAGAAACACGGAACGGAACUGAACUGAACUGCAGCUGUUUUCUAACUUCAGGAAUAAAAUAAUAAUAAAAAGAGGAAAAGACACAAAAAAGUAAUGACUCCCGGUGUGCCCCCGGUAUUUUUGUAGAAGCUACUCCCCUCCCCCAUUCGUUGAGACUGGGUCCCGUAUUAUGAAAAAGCAGCACAAAUAACCUUGAGCAACGUGCAUUUCUCCCCCAUCCCCUCAACCCCCCAAAGUGGGACUGACUGCAUCUCGUCUCGUCUCUUCUCCCCCCCCCUCCUGUGGCUUCCAUUGUAACCCCUUGUCAGAUGCUGCUCCUCUCCUUGCUAGAGCCUUUUGUAGUAGACACACUACGCUGCAGAUGGAGGGUUUGAAUGGAAUGGAGGAGGACAGAAGAAUGUCUCAAGUCUGACCAUCAUCGUUUCGUUGUCUUUUUUUCUUCUUCUUUCUUUGUGAGUCAAGGGGGAGAAAAAAAAUCCCCCUCAGAUGGAACUCUGCAUGCCCCUCCCCCCUGACAGAAAAUAUGGCGGAGAUGGUUCCUUUCCUUUUACAAGUCAAAACCACAACCCCUUCAGAAUAAUAAGGAAACAAUAUUUAUACCAGUGUUUUUUUUGCUUGUUUCGAAAGAGGAGAAGAAGCGAAACGGAACAGAAACUGAAGAAAAUUUGUCGUUGAACUGGAGAUGAAAUGAACUGUGAGGCCAGGCUGGUUUCAGUGUGGUUUUCAAACCUGUGCCAUACAUUCUUACCUGGUGCUUUUUUUUGUUUCUUUUCCCCCCAGAUUUUCUUUUCAUGGUGAUGGAUUUUUUUAUUCCCCCGUUCCUUUCUUUCCUUUGUUUUUGAAAAGGAAUUCUAUUUUGUAACCUUCAAAGCCCAAUGAGUGGUGGUUGGUGUUGUGGUAACUCCCUUUCUAGUCUCCCCAAUGUGAUCCUUCUCAUCCUCCAGCCCUCUUCCCCCUUCCCCUCUUCACCUCCCCUCCUCUCUGGCUCGCCACGGUUUUUGGGUAAGGAGUGGACCUGUGUGACCCGCAAGAAAAAGGUGCACCAGACUGGGGCAGAACCUUUUGCACCGUUCCCUGGUCCAGUCUGGAAGCAGAACGCACGCCGAGCACUCUGGAACUUAACAGAAGGGACAACCCCACUGGAUCAUUUUUGUGGUUUCUUUCUCUUUUUAAAAAAACCCUUUUAUUUGUAAGCGUUAAGGCACAUUCUUUCGCAAGAAACCUCUCGGCCUUUUGCAAAGCAGUCCAGGUCUUAGCCUUUUUUAUUAUUUUAAAUUUCCACCUCAUGGCUAUCCCUCUGUUCGGAGUAUUGGUUUCUACGUACCAACAGCAGCAGGCAUUUGUAUAUUUGCCUUUUAUUUCUUUGUUGACCUGAAUUUGCAUGUGUUUAUUUGCCACGUUCAACAACUACGUGAGGGUUCAAUAAAGUUUUGACUAAAAACAAGCAAAGGACUGAAACACUUACACUCAAGCUUAACCGUUUAAAUGCAAGACUUAUUUUUUUUAUUAUCUAACUUGGUUGAGGGAACAUGAUAAUGGGGUCAAAUUUUAUUCAUCCUUUAUUUUUGUCAUGCCAGAUAUUAAUUCUUAAUAUCAUAUUUUUGGUUUUAUGUCUAAUUGUUUCCCAAAGUAGAGGAAAAAAAGUAUAUAUAUAAAAUAUAUAUUAUCAGCAUCAUAUGAUUGCUGAUAACUGCAAAAAUACCGUUGGGUACUGAAACUGUAUAAUCUUGUAAAACCUAUAAUCAGAUUUCUUUGUGGUAUGCUGUACUAAAAAAAUUGGGGCUAGGUUAAUUGACUGUGUACUUAAUUCCCUAUAUGAAUAAAGAUUCAUUGCUUCUUUGUAGAUGG